GCAACAAUGUUCUAAGGCUAGGGUUAUAUCGCGCAGCUGAAGGCGAUUCGGCUACUCCAAUAUGCACAACGUCGUCGACUCUAGUACGCAGAACGUCGUCUUCUUCUCACUGUACGCAGAACGUCGUCUUCUUCUCACUGAUUGGGCUUGAAAUCGACGACUAUGUAUGAAGAUCUGAAGAGCUCUCUCUUCAUCGCGUCUCUCUCCACUCUCGGAUUCUCUUCUCUCUUUCUCUGGCCGAUUUACGCCAACGAGAAACGUCGGCAGCCCUCUGCAACUUCCAGCGAGCUCCAGUCUUCUUCUCCGGCCAUGGUUUACCAAGAAAAUUUCCAAAAUCUUCCCAAGCUCUCUCUCUAUUUAUUCAUCUCUCUCAUCUCGGGUAUGUUGAGUUUUCUUAUAAUUGUGUUUUUAAUUUUUAUUUUAUUUUAUGUUGUUUGAUAUUUCAUCUUUGUAUAUAUAUGCACCUUAAAUUGAAAACUGAAAAAUCAACACAAACUGAAAAACAAAAAAUUGAAAAAACAUUAUAAUUGUUUUGUUAGGAAGGAAAAUUAAAAGUUUGAGAGAAUUAUUUUUCAUAACUACCUAAUUUUUUUGUAAAAUUUUUCUUAAAAAAACACAAAUUUUCUUUUUAAAGUGAAAGUCUUAUGAACUCACAAUAACACCCUUUCUGUUAUUGUAAGUUUCAUGUUAUUAUUAAAACCAUACAAUGGUAAUUUUUUCAUAUUUUUAUUGAAAAAAAUUCAAGCUAAACAAAAACAGAGUGUUAUUAUUUUUUUAUUUAGUUUAUGUUUUUUGACUUAUACUUUUUCACUAUCAAUUUCCGUAAUACAAUAUACAAAGAAACUUGAACAUGGGUCGAUCUCACCUCACCAAGUAGUGGAUGAUCCAAAACUAUCCAAUAAUGUCUAGAUCCGUACACAUACUACUAUGGGAAUUUUUUUUUUUUUUUGACACUACUAUGGGAUUAACCUAUUUAUGAUAUUCCCUUUCUUGCGACUCAAAAACCAACCAACAAUGAACAAACGCAGGGAGAAGAUCUGUUACACAUGCACUAGUAUUAUACUAGACAAUUAUAGUAUGCUUCAAACUGAAAAACAGAUAAUUGGAAAAACACUAUAAUUGUGAGCACAAAAACUGAAAAACAAAAAAUUGCAUAUAUUGAUUUCAGUACUUUGUAAGCACAAGAACAGGUACACUGUACACUGAUAAUUCUGAUUUAUUGAGUUCAAUGUAAAAGAAUUAGAUUUUGUAGCUUUGGUCAUUAAUAUAGUUACGGAUUAUGAAUUGGUUUAAUUGUUUUGCUCACUUCAAAUGACUUUGGAUCAAUGUGAUGAUAGUACAUAAGUUUUUUUUUUUCCACUAAUGUGUUGCAUAUAUAUAUGUAUGGAAUAGAAGUUGGUUUAGUACUAUAUGCUCCAAUUUAAAAUUAGAUUGAUUUUAAGGAAUGCUAUGCCUAAAGAACUCAUAAUUAAUUUCUUUAUUCCUGAUACGAGUCAUUUUAAAAAUCUCACUCAACAUGCAUAAUUUAUCUCUGACAAGAAGGUGCUUUAAUUAAGUGCUUUCAAUUUUUAAUAUGCCAAAUAUUUUCUCUUAGAGGAAAAUUGUGCAGUUCAUUAUGGCUAUGGAUCAUUUAUCAUUUGAGCUUUAGAUACACUUCAGCAUAAACUGAUAUAAUAUUGUAAUGUUAUUGUGCUAUUGGAUGCCAUAUAUAUAUGUGUGUGUGUGUGUGUGUUUUGUGUCUAUUCUUCUAUGAAUGGAUGGCUGUUAUAUAUACAUGUUGAGAUGGAAAUUAAAAACAUGAACUGUGAUGUGAAUUGUGCUUCAAAAUUAAGAUAUGAUGUUGAAAUUUUACCGAACUUUUUUCAUUACAUAUAUGUUUUUGAAAGUUUCGAAUUCUGAGAUGAGUUUGUGAAUUUGAUUAAUGAGACCACACUUGUGUACUGCUAGAAUGAUGAAACAUGAGUUUAUGAAUUUGAUUAAUGAGACCACAGUUUUUAAUGACCAUUUUAACCCAUUUAUAUUAAAACUAUGUAAUUAGAUGGAUAUUAAUGGUGACAAUGUGGUGGGAGAAGAAAUAUAGGACCUUACAGACAAUACCGGUGAUGCAAAACUAGUAUGGGAUGAUUCUCAGCUUGAAACUUUCAUCAUCCAUAUGGAGGAAGAAGUGAAGAUUGGUAAUCGGACUUCCAGAACUUUUAUCACAAUUGGUUGGAAGAAUAUAGUAGAAGGCAUGAGGGUUCAUACAGGGAAGAAGUAUGCACCGAAACAACUUAGGAGCAAAUUCGACCACUUGAGGGUAAAGUACAAAGACUUUGUGAGUUUGUUAGCAGAAACAGGCGUGGGAUAUAAUGCUGAGACGGGCAUGGUUAUAGUUGAAAAAGAAAGAUGGCCUAGGUUGAUGAAGGUGAAUGAAAAUGCGAGUAAGUUUCGAAAGAAGGGAUAUAAACAUUUUGACAAGCUCAGCAUCAUAUUUAGAGGCACACACGCUACAGGUGCACAUGUCCAUACUUCGACUAAUUCACCCAUUAUCAGCCAAGCCCCCUCACCCCAUGCAGCUAUACAUAGCUCAUUUGAAAUUGAUGAUUUAGCUGAGUUAGACAGUCAUGAGAUCAGUCCCUCUCCUGAACCUCGUGGUAAGAAACCAAAGAAAGAGAGUUUUGCCUCCACAAUGAGCGAUGUCAUGGAUAAAACGAAAGAUAAUGAUAACAUGAAAGCUAAUCGAAUUGAAAAGGUUAUAAAAGAAGCCUCAUCAUCUAGUAUGAAAACAUUCCAUGACGAAUGUCAGGUUGAAGUAAAUUCUUUGGACAAGACAAAAGAUGAUUUUAAGUUAUGUUGUAGUAUUUUGAAUCAAUUGAAGGGCGUUGAUAUGAAACAAUAUGCUAAGGUCAUCUAGAUGUUACGUAGUGAUGAAAUUUGGAGGGAUUUCUUUAUGAAUGACCUUCCUGAUGAUAAGAGGGUUGGUUAGAUCAUGAAUCUUUGAUUUGGUGUGUUGCUUUUAUUAUGACUUUGGAUGACUGUACUAUUAACUAUACUUUAUUUGGUGUGUUACUUUUAUUUCUUAUUUGGUUUUGUUAUGACUUUAGAUGAUUGUAAUAUCAAGUACACUAGUAUUUAGCUUGGGAUGAUUGUAAUAACAAUAUCAAUAUUUGGCUUGGGAUAAUUUUAUUUGGUGUGUUGCUUUUAUUUCUUAUUUAGUAUUUGCCUUGGGAUGAUUGUAAUUUAUGUCGUUUCUUACAUUUUGUAUUAUACAGAUGGAUAUUAGGACAAUCAUUGAGUUGUAUGAUGAUGAUGACGACGAGAAUGAAUCUAUCAUCAUAAUGGCAUGUAUGUUGGAUUACUAAAUGAAACACUACCAUAAACAGCCUUGUAGGGAUUCAAUUUUAAGAGGGGAAGCAUAUAUAUUGGAGAUCUUGAAUGGGCAUAGAAGUAGAUGUUUUGAAAAUUUUAGGAUGUCCACCCUUAUUUUUUUGAAGUUGUGUGGGGAGCUUAAGUCAUUAGGGUUGAAAGACUCUAAAGGUGUAAGUGUUUUUGAACAAGUUGGCAUAUUCUUGCUUACUUUAGCUCACAAUGAAAUGAAUCGUGUAGUAGCAGAAAUAUUUCAACACUCAACCUAUACAAUUUCAAAACACUUUCAUUUGGUUUUACAAAAUGUGUGUGAUUUAGGGAAAAAGAUUAUUGUCCCUCCAGAUUUAACCCAAAUUCCUAACUAUAUAAGAAAGUCAAAAAAGUUCUACCCUUUUUUUUAGGAAUUGCGUAGGGGCAAUUGAUGGAACUCAUAUCUAUGCAAACGUGCCUGUGGACCAACAAAUACCAUUUCGUGGUAGGAAGGGGGAUACCACACAAAAUGUAAUGGUUGUUUGUUCAUUUGAUAUGAUGUUCACAUACGUUGUAGCAGGAUGGGAGUGGUCUGUUAAUGAUUCUAAAAUAUUGAACGAGAGUAUUAAUAAUGAAAAUAUGCAAUUCCCACAGCCUCCAGACAGUAAAUGUCAUACUAUUUAUAAUUUUUUAAUGUAUUUUAAAUAUAAUGGUACAAUUGUUUAUAAUUUGUAAAAUGGCAAGAAAAUAUUAUUUGGUAGACUCUGGGUAUGCCAAUCAACCGAGUUUCUUAGCUCCCAGCAGGGGUCAAUGGUACCACUCCCAAGAGUACCGUAGGGCUUCUAGGCAACCCCGAGGUAGAAAAGAAAUAUACAAUCACAGGCACUCGUCUUUGCUAAAUAUCAUUGAACGUUGUUUUAGGAUGCUUAAGAUGAGAUUCCUUAUCUUGAAACAAAUGCCCCCAUAUAAGUUUGAAACUUAGGUUGCUAUUGUUUUACACUGCUGCACACUUUAUAACUUUAUAAGAAUGUCAACGCAAAUAGAUGCAAUAUUUGAUGAUGAAACUGUGGAGGCGCUGAUAGAUGAAAUAUUUGACGAUGAGAAUGAUGAUGUUUAGGUUGAUGUGCCGUAGCCUCAGUCGCGACCAAUGGAUAUUUUACGUGAUCAUAUUGCUAAUAUUAUAUGGAAUACAAUUCAGCACCCUUGAUGUUUAUCAUGUUUGGAUAACUGUAAUAACUACUUCAUUUUAACUCUUUUUAAGGAUUUGGAUAACUGUAAUAACUACUUUAUUUUGUGUAACGACUCGAACCUGUGGGUCCGAACCAUUAACCUGGUCCUUACCCGAACCUGAGGUCAACUAGGUCAUACUCUCUACCUCCUAUGUCCAUAGUUGUCAUAAGGGUCACUCCGGGGUUCAAAAUAACCUAGAACAUAAUCUUACAAUGAUGGUCAAACAUUGCAGGUCAAAAGGGGAUGAUCAGUUGGCUGAUGGGCCUUCAUCGGUCGGUUGACAGGGGCAAGUUCAGUCGGCUAACCUACAGGGUCAGGUCGUUACAAAUUUGGUAUCAGAUCAAUGGUUCGAAAACCAUUAGGACGGCGCGUAGAGGCCUACCUAGGGCUAUGUGGGAAGUCAUUUGCAUUAUUUAUGUGACUAUGUGCUAAAGUGUUUUGUUAUUUGAAAAGCAAGCUUAACUAUUUACUUGUCUACAUGUUUAUAUACUCACGGUUUUGAAAGACGUGCUUCCUUGCAACGUGUUUGCAUGUUUAUAUGUUUAUAUGCUAAGGUUUAUGUUACAUGGCCA